AUGGGUUCGCGCCUCGAGAGCAAUUCCAAUGCUGUCCGCAAGCGCAUAGAGAACCAUACGUUCGACAACGAGGAAGGCGAGGAAUAUGAUGCCUCCACCUUUGGUGGCUUUCCUGACUACUUCCGACGCAAGAAAAUCAAACUGCAGAACCUAGACGCCGAGCUGCGAUCUCAGUCUACCGACAAGCCUCCCGUCUUUCGCGGUGUGGUGGCGCACGUCAACGGCUACACGCAACCCUCGUUGAAUGACUUACACAAACUCAUAGUCACUCAUGGAGGUGGCUUUAUGCAAUACUUGGAUGGCAAGACCACAGUCACCCACAUCAUUGCCAGCACCCUCACUCCAAAGAAGGCCGUCGAAUUCCGCAAGUACCGCAUCGUGAAGCCGGCGUGGGUUGUUGACAGUGUCAAUACUGGCAAGCUGUUGCCAUGGGAUAACUAUCGUGUUGUGGAUGAAGGGGCUGGUCAGAAGCUCCUGGGGUUCGACAAGGGCAAGGUUGUGAGCCAGGCGAAUGUGAAACCGCGCGGUUAUCGGGAUCAAACCGACACCAGCUGGUAUACGAGCCAGCUCAAGGCGGACAUUGACACACCAAAAAGUGCGCGACGUUCGUCUUUCCUCUCACAGGACCCGUCAACUCCAGGGCUGGAUGAGGAUGUCGACGACCUGCCCCCAUCGCAUCAGCCAGAGGAUGAUACUCCUAAGGAGCAGUCCGUUAUUCGAGACAAGGACGAAAGUCGGCCGGCUGAGCAAUCUAUGAUUACGCCCCCGGAAAGCGGUCCUGCAGAACUGGAUUCUGACGCCCUGGGGCUAAAGAGGCCGCGCAGUGACCGUGCAGGCUCGCCGUCAAAGCGACGGAAGAUGACUGCUGAAGAGCACAACGCUAUCCUUCUGGCCGAUCCAAACAUUCGAAAGUCCACCGUAGUCCAUCCUGGUUUUCUAGAACAGUAUUACCGUGAAUCUCGACUUCAUCAUCUGUCCACAUGGAAGGCGGACUUGAAGUCGCAACUUCAGGCCAUGGCAGCUGAUAAGUCAUCCUCGCAGAAACAGAAACAGAAACGACCCUUGGGUUCGCGCCGGUACAUUCUGCACGUUGAUUUCGACAGCUUUUUCGCAGCAGUCUCCCUCAAGAAGCACCCGGAGUGCAAGGACAAGCCUGCCGUGGUUGCUCAUGGUAAUGGCACUGGCUCUGAAAUUGCCAGCUGCAACUACCCUGCUCGCAAAUUCGGGGUCAAGAAUGGCAUGUGGAUGAAAAAGGCUCUUGACCUUUGUCCGGAACUGAAGACCCUUCCUUACGAUUUCCCGGCCUACGAGGAAGCCAGCAAAUCGUUCUAUGAAGCCAUCUUGGACACAGGCGGUACCGUGCAAAGCGUAAGCAUCGAUGAGGCCUUGAUAGAUGUGUCUGCUCAAUGUAUCGCUGUGGGCGGUUCAGACGGGAAGAAGAUGAGCGAGGGCAGCAUCUACCGCGAACAGACUGAGGCAGACAACAUCGGCCAACGCCUACGUGAUGAGGUCAAGGAGAAAACCGGAUGUGCUGUAUCUGUCGGCAUAGGCCCGAAUAUUCUAUGUGCCAAGGUUGCUUUGCGUAGAGCAAAGCCCGCUGGUCAGUACCAGAUCAAGCCGGACGAAGUCCUGGACUUCAUUGGUAAACUCGAGGUUCAGGAUCUUCCAGGGGUGGCCUCCAGUAUUGGCGGCAAACUCGAGGAGAUUGGUAUCAAACUCGUCGGCGACGUGCGAGAGUAUUCGAAGGAACGGCUAGUGAGUACACUGGGUCCAAAGACUGGCGAAAAGAUCUGGGAAUACUCCCGAGGAAUUGAUCGAACCGAAGUCGGAGAUGUCGUCGUGCGCAAAUCUGUAUCAGCAGAAGUCAACUGGGGUGUGCGUUUCACCGACAACCAGCAAGUCGAGGAGUUCAUUGAGAAUCUAUGCGGGGAGCUUCAUUGUCGUUUAGUGAAAGAGAGGGUCAAAGGAAGACAGCUCACCAUGAAGAUUAUGAAACGAGCAGCAGACGCACCUCUCGAUCCUCCGAAACAUCUUGGUCACGGGAAAUGCGACACCUUCAACAAGAGCUUGGUGUUGGGCCUUGCCACCAACGACAAAGCCGUUCUGGCUAGGGAAGCGCUUUCAGUCCUGAAGGGGUUUGGAUUCUCUCCUGGCGAAUUGCGAGGAAUUGGCGUCCAGAUGACGAAGCUGGAGCCUCUGAAAGGCCCCGGUGAUGGGAAGGAAAGCAGUCAGCGUCGACUGCAGUUCAAGGUCGGAGAGCCAGAGCAGCAUGCCGCCAGAGUUUCGGAUGACCCCAUCCAGGACGAUAUUGUGACACCGAGGAAACAGAAAGCAUCAGGCGAUGCCGUCCAUUUCGGAUCCGCCCAGCUAAAUUCGGACAGCCCCAGCCGUAAACCUCUCAAUACAUUGGGCACUCAAUUCAUCAUGCCAAGUCAAGUCGACCCCAAGGUUCUUGCUGAGCUACCAAAGGAUAUCCAGGAUAAGCUAGCGAGACAUGCCAGACCGCCACCUUUCGCUGCUGGAGCGGACGUUUCUGUAGAAUCGGCUGAAGCUGGCGACCCGAACGACCCAUUCGUCACCAGACCUGCCGCGGGUACCAUACUACCCAAUCAGUCACAAAUUGACCCAGAAACUCUGGCGGCACUCCCGGACGAUGUGCGAGCUGAAGUCCUCACUUUCUAUCGACAGACCCCUGGUAGCAGAAAGGGCGACCAGCCUGUCAUCCCUCAGUCACCCCGCAAGAACCGAACCGUAAACACCAGCCUUCCCAAGAAGUCCGCUUCAGCGUCGUUCGCUGGACCCCGCAAGCGCGGUCGCCCUCCCAAAGCCGUAUCUCUCGCGGCAGCCGCAAUAGCAAGUGGAAUCCCUACUCUCACCCAGUCCAACUUCAUUUCCACACGCCUCGCCCGGUCUGAUUGCCCGUCCAGUCGAGACGGCAUCGACACCGACACCGACGACACCAACGCCACCGACCCAGGGGAGACAUCAUCUCCAGACCCGGACUUUCUCGCCGCCCUCCCCGAGGACAUCCGCCGCGAAGUUCUCGAGGAGCAUCGCCGUGCCCGUCUCCGCAAGCGCGGUGGUCUGACCCUGUCCACCACCACUGCUGCUCCGUCCGAUGGAGAAGCAGGAUUCAACAGCGGUCCCACCUCUCCGACUGCUGCCGCUGGCAGUCUCCUUCCCCCGGGCCAACGCACCAUCCGGCUGCCGCCGCGGCCGCCACAGCCAACGUUUACGACACGCAAGUUGUGGCAGCCGGAGCAGCUGCGCGGAGCGGUGCGCGACUGGCUGCGCGAGUUCAGCAACGACGGGCCGUACCACGAGGAUGUGGACGCGCUGGGUGCGUACUUGCGGAAGGUGGUCUUGGAGGAGCGAGACCUGGACAAGGCCGUUGGGCUGGUGAAGUGGUUCGCGUGGGUGGUUGGGGAUGAAAUUGUCGGUGGUGGAGGUGCCGCACAGGGGUCAGCCGUAAAAGGAAAGAGGAAAUGGGAAGAUACUGUGGCGAGGGUGAAGGAUGUAGUGCAGCAGUCCAUUGCGGAAAGGGGCUUGGGAAAGGUGGAUCUUUGA